AUGCCCAUGUCUGGCGGCGGCGGCGGCGGUGUGCUGUACAAGAGGAUCCCUCCUCCUCCGGAACCCCAGGAGGAGGGUCCUCAUCUCCCUACCUCGCCUUCGUACGAAUGCUACCCAGAGUAUUGGAGCAUGGCUGAUUGCGGCCACCGCCAACGCCUCUCCGAUGAUUACAAUAAUGAUUAUUUGGCUAGAAACCCCGAUAAUGUUCCCACUUACAAUAUCGGUGGCGACAACUCGGCCUUUGAUGCCAUGUACGAGGACGAGGACCGCGGUCUCACCGCGGCGGACCUCGAGCGCCAGACAAACGACUUCAUUACCGCCGCGCUUGACCACUACAACAGCCAAGACCAGAACCAGGUCAAGUAUGAGCUCGUGAGAGCCAUAUACACUAGCACCGGGAUCAUGGAUGAGAUAUGCUUCUAUGGUCACGUAAACUUCACCGCCAAAAGCAGAUUGGAGAAUUCAAAGGAGGAGUUAUUGUUCGCGGAGGUAUAUUACGACCACGCCCGCGAUACAUGGAUACCCACCUCCAUAGUUUCUCUCCAAGGGGAAAAAGGAGUUGGUGGGGUUAAGGGCAAGGACAUUUGUGGUCCCUAUCGUGGCAUGGAGAUUCGUGUCGACACUCAGCAUUGCUACGCCUGUCUAGAAGCCGUGAAGCACCCGGAGGAUGGGACAUUGUAUGAGACCGGUCAUUACGUGGAUAGUUGCUAUGGCUAUUUGUUGUAG